UUUUUCUCUCUUUUUGCAAUCUUUGCAUUUCCUGAACAAGAUUUAUGGGUGUGUGUGAAGAAAGCCUUGCAUAGCUAUAUAAUGCAGUAUUGACUAGUAAUUGAAUUACACAAAUUGUUUCAGAAAACGUGCCUGUCUGGGUGAAUAAUAUAAUCUUUAACUGUAAACAUGAUGCAAGUUGAAACUUCAAGUUCACGGACCAACAAUAUAAUGAGGAUGGAAGUUGACGCUACUAGUUCACGGGCCAACAAUCUUUUGAUGAUGGACGUCAAUCCUGGAAGUUCCCGAUUACAUGAGAAGAGGCCCUUAGAAAUUUCAGAGCCUGAAAAUGAAGCAAGGAAGCAUCCAGAAAACAAUGGCAGUAACACGACGACUUUUAUAAACCAUGGAAUGAUUGCUUGGAAUGAGGGCAGAAGAAAAUGGGUCGGAGAUAAAUCUCCGAGAUCACGAAGAGCAAGAACUCCCGAAGAUCCAGUCAUAAGCUGGUCAACAACUUACGAGGAUCUGCUUUCAAACAAUGACCGUUUUCCUGAGCCAAUCCCUUUACCGGAAAUGGUAGACUUCUUGGUGGAUAUAUGGCUUGAUGAGGGCCUGUAUGAUUAGAUCAUCAGUCAGAACGCAUUGUUCCAGUAGAAGAAUUGUACUCAUCAGAAUGUGUAUAGCAUUGCAGCUCACAAAUUUAGUCGAUGUUCAGUUUUAUAACCCAAUGAGCUGAUUAUUGAUUGAAUAAACUUAAAUGAGUGUCAGUUUCUUUGAUCUUUUGAUGAUUUUUAUAUCUUGGUAAAUUGUAAGUUUUUAGCUAGCAUAAAUAUGGGUUUUCUAGUUUCUAGAGCUUACAAAGAACCAACAAGUAGGUUUGUAACACGGUUACACGUCUUUAUAGUAAACUUUUGCUGAUCUUUUGUUUA